CCAAUGCUCAGUCAGAUUCAGAAAAGCGACAAUCAGAUUCGACAAUCUGUCCUGAGAGUUCAUACUUCGCAUUUAAUAGUAUUUGGGGGACAGGAUGCGAUUUGGAGACUUUGUUGUGGGACCCUCCAACCAUUGUGAAAGUUAGCGGACUUGACCUGCCUUGAAUCACCAGGGUGCGGGAGAGGCGGCCACCUGCUGACACCUAGUGGUGGCCCUCAUACCUCACUCUAGAACUUUUAGCAAUCAGUGCACUAAGAGUUCAGACAAUGGCGUCCUCCGCGGUAGCCUCCUCAGCGAUGGCCGCCAUUCGCUCUUCCACCCGUGCUGUACAGCCGACUAGCCUCAGCUCUCAACAGGGGCGCCACAUCGUCCGCUGCUCUCUUUCCUCACUCCAUCUGCGCCUCUCGCCAACCUUUCCUUCACAGAAGCAGAGUCUAGCUUUCCUGCCUCCUAGCUCGCUACGCUCUGCUCUUCAUCCGCCCCACCCCUCUCAGUUUUCCCAGUGGAAGAAGCUCAGAGAUGCAGCUCUCUUUCGGCCGCGCACGCUAGUCUCCUCCGCCACAGCCUCAGAUGCGUCCCUCCCCCUGGGGCUGACUCGUGCAGCGGCCCCACUCCUCCCUCAAAUCGACAUUUCCCCCAGCGGUGCAAAGCCCGAGGACUACGCAGGGGACCUCUUGGUUCUGGGUUUGUUCUCUGAGGCUGUGACCAAGAGCGGCGAUUUCCAGAAGCUGACUGCGACGGGGGUGCCGUAUGGAGAACUCGUAGGGGAGCUAGUACAGGAGACGGACUUCAAGGGGAAGCCGGGGCAGACGGCAGUCGUCCGGGUAUCCGGAGAGAAGGUCAAGCGGGUUGCAAUUGUCGGGCUGGGGUCGAGCAAGGAAUCUAGCGUGGCGGCUGGGUUCCGUGCGCUAGGGCAGGCACUGGCAACGAUUGCGAAGGAGUCUAAGGCCCUUUCGGCCGGGGUCGCAGUCGUUGGCCGCGAGGGCUCCGACCAAAACCCCGAGAUCGCCGGCGCCAUUGCAGCCGGCGCAGUACUGGGAUCGUACGAGGACCAGCGGUUCAAGUCGGAACCAAAGCCGAUCACGCUCGCGGAGGUGGACAUUCUGGGCCUGGGAACCAGCAAAGAACUGAAGCGCGCCAUCGGGGUGGCCGCUCGUCUCGCUGCGGGAGUGAUACUUACGAAGCAGCUGGUGAACGCGCCACCGAAUAUCUUGACGCCAGCUGCGAUGGCGGAGGUCGCCGAGAACAUCGCCGCCGCGCAUGCGGACGUCAUGACCGUUAAGAUCCUGGAGAAAGAGGAGUGCGAGCAACUAGGCAUGGGCGCGUAUCUGGGCGUGUCGGCCGCCUCGGAGCUGCCGCCCAAGUUCAUCCACCUAACAUAUACGCCGUUCGAGGAGGAGCCCAAAAAGGAGCCCAAGAAGAAGCUGGUCAUCAUAGGAAAAGGGCUGACGUUUGACUCCGGGGGCUACAACCUGAAGGCCGGCCCCGGGUCCAUGAUCGAGCAGAUGAAGUUCGACAUGGGCGGCGCGGGAGCCGCGCUCGGGGCUGCGAAAGCGAUCGGUGCGAUACAGCCAGAAGGAGUGGAGGUUCAUUUCAUCGUGGCGGCGUGCGAAAACAUGAUCAGCGGAACUGGCAUGCGGCCGGGCGACAUCCUGACCGCAUCCAACGGCAAGACGAUUGAGGUGAACAACACGGACGCGGAGGGGCGGCUGACGCUCGCGGACGCCCUGGUGUACGCGUGCAAGCUGGAGCCGGACGCUAUUGUGGACCUGGCCACGCUGACGGGGGCCUGCAUUGUUGCGCUUGGAGGGGACAUUGCUGGGCUGUUCACUCCGUUCGACUCGGUCGCCGAGGAGCUCUCGGCGGCCGCGAAAGCGGCGGGCGAAAAGUUCUGGCGGAUGCCGAUGGAGGAAGCGUACAAAGAGCAAUUGAAGAGCCCAAUCGCGGACUUCGUGAAUACGGGUAGCCGAGCCGGGGGAAGCAUCACGGCUAGCUUGUUUUUGAAAGAGUUCGUCGACGAGAAGAUCCCUUGGGCUCAUCUGGAUAUUGCCGGCCCAGUUUGGAACGAGAAGAAAGGUGGCGCCACCGGGUUUGCUGUACAGACGCUAGUACGUUGGGUGCAAAGUCAUGCUACUGCGGCAGCAUCACUAUGAUUUGUACAGACUCGGCCACUCCGACCAUCUGUAACAUGACCCUUGCAGUAAUCUUCCUGACUGUGAUUGUGCCGCCGUCAAGCUUUGUACUGCAUGUGUCAGUGUAAAUGUAGUUCGACGGAACCAUGUAGUGCACGGUCUUCGGCAUGUACCCGAAAAGUCCGGAGCUUAUGUCACCGGACAUGGUCUUUGAAAGCUCGAAAGACAAAUCGUAUUCAUACAAUACAUUGAGCUCACAACAAUAAUUGACAGUUCAAUUGCAGCUAUAAGACGAUAGCCACUGAAAGCUCCCCAGACG